UCCACGUAGCAUCCAAAUACGGCAAGGUGGAUGUAGCAGAGAUGCUCCUGGAGCGCGGAGCUAACCCCAACGCAGCGGGCAAGAACGGACUGACUCCUCUGCACGUGGCCGUCCAUCACAACAACCUGGACCUGGUGAAGCUGCUGGUCAACAAGGGAAGCUCUCCACACAGUACUGCUACUAAUGGCUACACCCCCCUGCACAUCGCCUCUAAGCAGAACCAGCUGGAGGUGGCCAGCAGCUUGCUGCAGCACGGGGCCUCCGCUAACACAGAGUCCCUGCAGGGGGUCACCCCCCUGCACCUGGCCUCCCAGGAGGGCCGCGCCGACAUGGUGUCCCUGCUCAUCUCCAAACAGGCCAACGUCAACCUGGGAAACAAGAACGGACUGACCCCUCUGCACCUGGUGGCCCAGGAGGGGCACGUGGGAAUCGCCGACAACCUGGUGAAGCAGGGUGCAUCUGUGUACGCCGCGUCACGGAUGGGCUACACCCCCCUCCAUGUGGCCUGUCACUAUGGCAACAUCAAGAUGGUGAAGUUUCUUCUUCAGCAGCAGGCUCAUGUGAACUGUAAAACCAGGGUGGGGUACACCCCUCUACACCAGGCCGCCCAGCAGGGGCACACUGACAUCGUCACGCUAUUGCUGAAGCAUGGAGCUCUGCCCAAUGAGAUCACCACCAGUGGCACCUCUCCCCUGGGCAUUGCGAAGCGCUUGGGCUACAUCUCCGUCAUAGAUGUGCUGAAGCUGGUCACCGACGAGACCGUUUCCGUGAUCCCCACAGAAAAGCAUAAGAUGAGUUUUCCAGAGACAGUGGAUGAGAUCUUAGAUGUUUCAGAGGAUGAAGGAGUUGCUCCCCUCACCAUAGGGGAGGAGCUUCUGGGGAUGGAAGGAGGGAAGUAUCUGAAGCUGGAUGACCUGAAGGACCAGGACGAGGACUUCCUGUCCCCGAAAAAAACCCUGCGAGAGUUUGAGGGUGGCCUCGGUACAACGCCUUACUCUCCAGCAAUUCCCAGAAUUCCCUGUGUGUCCCCAGAGACUGUCAUGCUGGACCAGCACACACCUGUCCCUCUACCCAAAGAAUACGAUGAAGACUCACUCAUUCCCAGCAGUCCCGCCACCGAGACAUCGGACAACGUCAGUCCUGUGGCCAGUCCCAUCCACACUGGGUUCCUGGUGAGCUUCAUGGUGGACGCGCGGGGAGGGUCGAUGCGGGGGAGCAGACACAACGGCCUGCGUGUGAUCAUCCCCCCCCGGACCUGCGCUGCCCCCACGCGCAUCACCUGCCGCCUGGUCAAACCCCAGAAACUCACCACCCCGCCACCACUGGUGGAGGGGGAGGGGCUAGCCAGCCGCAUCAUCUCCCUGGGCCCUUCCAGCAUGCAGUUCCUGGGGCCAGUGAUAGUGGAGAUCCCUCACUUUGCGGCUCUGGGUCGGGGCGAUCGGGAGCUGGUGGUUCUGCGCAGUGAGAACGGUUCCGUCUGGAAGGAACACCGCAAUCGCUAUGGCGACGACGUUCUGGAGACCAUCCUCAACGGAAUGGAUGAGGACCUGGAGAGUCUGGACGAACUGGAGAAGAAGAGAAUCCGGCGAAUCAUCUCCACCGAUUUCCCCCUCUACUUCGCCGUGGUGUCCCGCGUGCAGCAGGAGAGUGACCUGAUUGGCCCAGAAGGGGGUCAGCUGGCCUGCAAGCUGGUGCCAUUGGUCCAAGCCACCUUCCCAGAGACGGCCGUCACCAAGAGGGUCCGGCUGGGCCUGCAGGCCCAGCCGAUCCCGGACGAGCUGCUGACGCGGCAGCUGGGUAACCAGGCCACGUUCAGCCCGGUGGUGACGGUGGAGCCGCGGCGCAGGAAGUUCCACAGGCCCAUCGGGCUGCGCAUCCCCCUGCCCCCGUCCUGGAGGGAGAGCACCCGCGACGCCGGGGAGGGGGACACCACCAGCCUCAGGCUGCUCUGCAGCGUCAUCGGUGGUACGGCCCCAGCUCAGUGGGAGGACAUCACAGGCACCACCAAGCUGAUGUACAACAACAACUGCGCCAACUUCACCACCAAUGUGUCCGCAAGGUUCUGGCUGUCGGACUGCCCCCGCACUGCAGAGGCGGUGUCCUUCGCUAACCUCCUGUAUAAGGAGCUGAUGGCGGUCCCCUACAUGGCCAAGUUCGUGGUCUUCGCCAAGAUGAACGAGGCCCGCGAGGGCCGGCUGCGCUGCUACUGCAUGACCGACGACAAGAUGGACAAAACGCUGGAGCAGCACGAGAACUUCACCGAGGUCGCCCGCAGCCGAGACAUCGAGGUGAUGGAGGGAAUGGCACUGCACCUGGAGUGCUCAGGAAACCUGGUGCCCAUGCGAAAAGCUACCCAGCAGCCUCGCUGUUUCAGCUUCCAGGCUUUCAGAGACAACCGGCUGCCUGUCUCCAUCAAGGUUCGAGACAUCAGUAAGGAAGCUACAGGCUUCCUCUCCUUCCUACGGAAGUCCACCAAGUAUGAGGACACUCAGCACGUGCUGUGCAACCUCAACAUUGCCAUGCCGCCCUGCAUCAAGGUUUUGGGCAGUGAGGAACGCAGACGCACCCUGACCCCGCUGGCUCUGAGGGAGCGGUACAGCACUCUGAAUGAGCCGGCUUUGGCUUCACUGAAUGCAAUGGAGAGGACAGAAAUAAAGAUAUCGCUAAUAUCUGAACAGCUGGGGUUGAGCUGGGCAGAGCUGGCUCGGGAGCUACAGUUCAGUGUUGAUGACAUAAACAGGAUCCGGGUGGAGAAUCCCAACUCACUAUUGGACCAGAGCUCUGCUCUGCUCAACCUAUGGGCCACCAGGGAGGGGAAGAGAGCCAAGAUGGAAAGUCUGUACGGGGCCCUGAGGAACAUUGAUCGCACGGACAUCGUCAGCUCACUGGAAGGUCAGGGGUCACAGCCAGGGGCAGGGCUCCUGGAGGCGGGAGCCCAACGGUGUGCGGAUCGUGAUCACCUCGCCCCCAGCGUCAUCAAUGGGCAGCCGCAGGACCACGCCCAGAUGAGUCAGAAUGCAGAAGCUCACCGUGAUAGGGCUGGAGUUGGUGCUUUCCAGCCCUACCUGCCGGAGCACACCUGGCAGGCGGCGGAGUCCAUGAUGUCAUCGGAGUGCGUCGAGGUGGGCGGGGCCCUGGGCCAAGAGGCGGGGCUCCACGUGCUGCGGGGGCGUGUCCACGGCGCUCAGGGGCUGGCCAGCCGGGGGGCGGAGCAGCGGGACUGGGAUCAGGAGAGGUGGAGCUCACCGGGUGAGGAUGCGCAGGACCUCCCUGGGGAUCAUGAGAGAGAGGAACCGCCUGAAAAACACGGACACACCGUGAGCAAGAAGCCGGACACUGUUGUAAGGAAAGGAUCUCAGACGUUGAAGAAGGCCAGUGUGAGGAGAGCAAAGCAGUGAGACCGGAGGACUCAUGGCUACAGACUCGGCCAUCCACUGCCAGACCACCGUCACCUGACCCGGCCCAGGGAGCCUCGCGUGGAGGAGAAAAGAAGAAGGAGAAGAAAGAACUAUGAAAAACAGAAAUCACACAACUACUGCAGCAACAACAGCAACAACGACGGCUUCCAAAAUACCAACCUGCCCUCCGCGACCGCGAGGAAACAGACCCUCCGCUUCCUUGGCGGAUUAUCCACUCGUAGUUUUGUUACCUUUUUAAAAAAAAAGAAAAUGGUUAUAGAUUAGAGGCAUGAUUUUUUUUUUUUUAUAAAACGUACAAAAAAAAAAAACUUCAACAAACAAAACAAAAAAAAAUGCAACAAAAAAGUGCUUCCUGUUCUCUGUCAAAGCAUGCCGAGUGGCUGGUGCAUGUCCUGUCAUUACCUACAGACUGAAGGGGUAUACACGCGCGGCUCCUGUCCGCCGCAACGCAACAGUCCUUCCCCACAACCAUUCUCAGUAUAUCGGUGUCCCAUUACGCAGAGGGGUGACCUUGCCGUACCUGACAUAUGCAAAACGCCAAAGUUUGUGUUCCCGCAAGCAGCGGGGCGGUUUCUCCCGAGACGACCUGCGGGGGGCGGUCUCUCUCUCUCUCUGGGUCGGCUGGGAGCGGGAGGGGCCCGGCUGAGGGUGAGCGCAUAAUUAUGCGCUGAGGGUGACUGUGAUUAGGCCCUUCUCUAGGCGGGGCGUGUGCUUUGUAAUGUGUAACAGAUUCUCACAGACUAACGAGAUGGCCGGCACGAUAUACCUGAAGCUCAAUGAUCUGUCCGACUUUGAACUUGAAAAGUUCCAAUUUGAUUAACAUUUCUGAAGGAUGUGGAGAAGGUUAGUGCGGGCAGCAGAGCAGUCAGACUGUGACUGUUCACAUGAAUAUUCAGGAGAAAGUGUGAUGUAGCAUUUUAAACUCCAACUGGGACAGAAUCUGGCCAUCUGUUUACUGUAGCAAUCAGAGAAUCAGCUUUACUGGAGGAGGUGUGUGUGUGCUAGAGAAGAUCAACCACCUGCACCUCCCUGCACCUCCCCUACACCUCCCUCCAUCUUCCUGCACCUCCCUACACCUCCUGAAAAUCACCCGCACACCUGCAGUGUUGUAGCCGUCAUCAUUCCCGUCAGCAGAUUAUUCCCUCCUCAUUCCCAUCUGUGCAGAUUUAUCCCACAUCAUUCCCGUCUGCAGAUUAUUCCCUCCUCAUUCCCAUCUGUGCAGAUUUAUCCCACAUCAUUCCCGUCUGCAGAUUAUUUCCUCCUCAUUCCCGUCUGCAGUUUUAUCCAACAUCAUUCCCAUAUGUUCAGAUUUAUCCUCCUUCCUGUCUGCAGUUUAAUCCCUCACCAUUCCUGUCUGCACAGUUUAACCCCUCAUCAACCCCUUCUGCACAGUUUAAUCCCUACUCAUUCCCAUCUGCGCAGUUGUAGCUGUUCAUAUUCCCAUCUGCACAGAUUGAGCCCUCAAUCAAUCCCAUUGCACAUUCAUAUGUCAGAUUUCAGCUUCACCGUUCCCACUGACCUGGCAACCCUAUCCUUUCCACUCAUUCUGCUAACCUGGCAGCCCUCUCCUCUGCACUCAGGAGUGGGGCUGCAGUAGCACUGUGACGAGCCACUGUACCGACCCCGUUACUGUGAAACACACACACACACACACACACACACACACACACACCUUACACACACACACACACACACACACACACACA